AUGGUUUAUUACAAAUUACAUUAUUUUGACCUACCUGCAAAAGGUGAACCAAUUCGUUUACUUUUUAAUUACAAGGGACAGUCUUUUGAAGAUUACCGAAUUAAAAAAGAGGAAUGGCCGGCAGUUAAAUCGAAAUAUCCAUUUGGACAAGUUCCAUUACUCGAAGUAGAUGGAAAACAAUUAGCACAAACUGGAGCUAUUAUGCAAUUUUUGGGCAAAAAAUUUGAUUUGGCAGGCAAAAAUGAAUGGGAAGAGGCAAAAGCAAUGGAAAUAUUUUUUCUUUAUGACGAAAUGAGGGUUCCAAUAGGUCCAUAUAUUGGAGUAAAAUUUGGAUUUAGUGAAGGAAAUUUGGAACAACUUCGAAAAGAUGUUUUUCUGCCUGCUAUUGAAAAAUAUUUUCCUUUUUAUGAAAAACGUUUGGAAGAGUCCAAUUCUGGUUUUAUUUUGCCUUCUGGAUUAAGUUUUGUUGACUUUUCUGUUGCUCACUUUAUUGAAACGAUGACUAAAAUGGAAAAGGAUAUAAUGGCUAAAUAUCCAAAAUUGGCUGAUCAUUCUAAGCGUAUCUAUUCACUUCCACAAUUGAAGGAAUAUUUGAACAAAACGAAAAGUUAG